AUGCCCUACGGCCGCACUCUCGGCCUCCCCCCGCCCCGCGCGCACCUGAUGUCGGCGCAACCCGCGUUCAACCCCGUGUCGCGGUACCUGUCGCUGGGGCUGUCGUUUUCGCCUGACACGGGCAAGCCCGUGUGGGGAUUCCCCCCCGCCGCGUCGUUCGUGGCGAAGUUCGGGCCUGUCGGCGACCAAGGCCAAUGCAGCGCGUGCUGGGCGUUCGCCGCAGCGGGCGCCGUGGAAGGCGCGUACUACGCGCUGUCGUCGCAACUGCCGCCGAACUCGUCGCUGUCGUCGCAGCAGCUGGUGGACUGCGCCGUCGGGUCGUGCAUGGGCGGGUACCCCGAGGACGCGCUGCAGUACGCGACGGCGAACGCGCUGGCGCAUGCGACGUCGUACGCGUACCGUGCGACGAAGGCGACGUGCAAUGCGACGGGCGUGCAGCAGCACGUGGGGACGCAGGUCCCCACAACGAAUGCGGCGGUGAACACGAGCACGGUGCCAUCAGCGCUGCGCAUCCAGCUGUACGAGCAGGUGCCGCUGCCCGGCGCGCUGGGGCUCAUUCUCGCCGUGCAGAAGCAGCCCGUUAUAGUCACGCUGCACGGCUCGCACCCCUCGUUUGCCUGGUACACGGGCGGGCUGUACGCGGACGAGACGUGCUUCGACCCAGCGAGCCCCGUACUAGACCACGCAGUUCUCGUGGUGGGGUAUCGCUUCACGGCACCAGGCGCGAGCGACAACCAUUUUGUGCUGCGCAACAGCUGGGGGCCCGCGUGGGGCGAGGACGGGUACAUGCGCGUGGCCGUGAGCAGCGCACAGUACGGAGGCAUCUGCGGCAUGACGUACAACCUGGGCGUCUACCCCGUGCUGGACCCCCAGAAGCAGGCUAACCCAUGCACAUCAUGCGGGGGGGGCGCUUGUAGAACCACUCGCAUCCUCGCCCAUGGCACAUCCACCCCCAUCCCCACCACCACCACCACAUACUCCUCCUCUUCCUCCUCUUCCUCCUCCUCCUCCCCCUCCUCUGUCCCCUCUCGCCGUCUCCGUCGCUCCAACUUGGAGAUUGCACGCUCGCGGCUGCAGCGGGUGGCACGAGAGGGGCCGGGGGACAGACGGCGGCAGCUGGUUUCCAGCGACAGCAACCCCGGAAGAAGCCAGCAGCACCACCAGCACCACCAGCAGCGGCAGUGGCACAAGGGAGCGAGCAAGAAAGGUGCCACACGAGCAAGCCCGAAGAAAGCGGGCAGUGAGGCUGUCGUGACAGGCAGUGGUGGUGGGUCCAGUGGGGGGGUGGUAGAGAGCAGCAUUAAAUCGGCUGCGUUGGGGAUGGGCAGCAGCAGCAGCAGCAGCAGCAGCAGGUCGUUGAUGGCAGCAGCUCGGGCUAUCUUUGCCGCUGUGAAGAGCAGCAAGGCGUUUGAGAAGAUGAGAGGGGCAGCUGCUGCUGCUGCACGCUCCAAGGCACCUGCUGGUGCCUCCACUAAAGGCACUAAAAACUCUGCUCGUGUAAAGCCGGGCUCUUCUCUGCCGCCCUCUGCCCCAUCACGGCCUUCCUCCUCUUCCUCCGCCGUUUCCUCCUCCUCCUCUGUCUCCUCCUCUGCCUCGUCUUCCUCGUUCUCCUCCAACCAGCAACCAACCGGUCCUCUCCUAAAGCUCGUGAACCCAUACGCUACAUACUAUAUCUCGCCGACUCCCCCGCCUCCUCGCCCCCCCCCGCCCCAGUCCCCCCCUCCGUCCCCGCCUCCCCCGAUAAGCACCCCGCCUGACAGCAUGGCGUGCCCUCCCUCCCCCCCUCCCCCGCCGGCGUACGGGGACUACAGGUGCCUGUGUGGGCCGGGGCUCAGCCUCGCCAUCAGCAAGGACGGCAGCCAGGCUUGCGUCAUGGGUGAGUUUACUUUUGAGGCGCCUCAAAAGCCCCCUCCCCCGCCAGUGUACGGGGAUUACAGGUGCCUGUGUGGGCCGGGGCUGAGCCUGGCUAUCAGCAAGGAUGGCAGCCAGGCUUGCGUCAUGGAGGACGCAUGUGCAGCGUUCACGAGCAACCCGUGUGGGGGGGGUGCGUGUGUGAACGACGGAGAGGGUGGGUACUCGUGUGUGUGUCCGCCCAACUACAUGCGCAGCACUCUCAGCUCCGGUGCCCCCACCUGCGUGCCUCGCACGGCGGGCAAGAGCAGCACGUACCAGGUGGUGGGAGGUGAGACGUGCUACGACAUCUACAUGUUCUUCGGCCUCUCACAGGACACCUUCCUGCACCAGAACGCCGGCAUUGACUGUGACAACUUGCAGGAGGGCAUGGUGCUGUCUGUUCAACCAGACGACGACCUUGAGAGCUGCCGCACCAGAUACCCCAUCUCACUGGUGGACAGCCUGGCAUCGGACUGUUCGGCCAUAGAGGACCGCUUUGGCGUGGACGUGGUUUCACUUAACCCAGGCAUCGACUGCUCACACCUUGUGCCUGGCCAUCAGGUGUGUGUGGAGCGCGGGAAGGGCAUGGCAGGCGUGGAGGAGCACCGCAUGUGCACCAAGUACCAGCGCGUGGACGUGGGGGACACGUGCGAGAGCCUCAUCGACAGCAACGGCCUCUCGUGGCUGUCUCUGUUCCGCCUCAACCCCGGCCUGCUGUGCGAUAAUCUCAACGGGCUCAUUGACCAAGAGAUCUGUGUGGCGGGGCACCCAGUGGGCGCGGUGGUGUGUGGGAAGCCGGUGCAGGGGGUGAAGAACCGCAAGUACACAGUGAACGCGGGCGACAGCUGUGCGUCGCUGGUGGUGGUGCAGUUCCAGCGCCAGCCGCCGCUCGUGCCACUGCUCAACCGCGGGUGGAUGUGCCGCCAGCAGUCGCUCUUCAAAGGCAUGCCGCUCAGCAUUCCCUCCUGA